AUGGCUAAACAAAUUAUUUGUCCUAAAUGUGGAUAUAUAUUCGCUAAAGGUGCAAAACAAAGAGAUCUUACUAAACAUCUUAAACGAAAAAAUCCUUGUCCAGCACUAAAAAGACGAGUAAUAGCAGUUUACAAUGCUAAAUUUCUUACUUUUCAUCCAGAUAAUGGAAGUGAUAUAAGAAGAAUGUUAGAGAAUGUUAAGCCUGAAAAUGAAAAGAAAAAUACUACAAACAAAUUAUAG